GCUUAGCUGGCUGCGGCGGCUGCUGCACCUGUUGCCACCCGGAAGUGCUGGUUGUCAGGUGAAGGAGCGGUCCGGGAAGCGGGAUACUGAACCAGGAUCGGCUGGCAUCGUUUUAUGGAGAAGACCUGUCAGAGGAAGAGAAGGAUGACAUCUUUCAGCACCAGGCCUUUGCGCAGAUAGACCAAAAUCUUUGAAACCAACACCACCUGCUUUAAAUGCAGCAAAGUGAAUUCUUGGACCCUUGUCGGAGUUUAGGUAACGGGCGGCAAUCAAUGGCCUCGGUUCCUUUGGGGAUUUACUUUGUAACUUCGUUUACUCGUGACCAAUGCUACAGAACAUUCACACUAGUUCUGACCUUCCUGCUGUACACAGCCUACCAUCUGUCCCGAAAGCCAAUCAGCAUUGUCAAGAGUGCAUUGCAUAAGAAUUGUGCGCUGGCCAAUGAAAUCGAACUGUACAGCUACAAGGAACAUUUGAUUCAAGCUAAGCUGCUGGGAAAACCCUUCUCCAAUGACACGUGGUGUAGCUGGGCACCCUUUGAUAAAAGUAAUUAUAAACAACUCCUGGGAGCCCUGGAUUACUCCUUCCUCUGUGCCUAUGCUGUUGGAAUGUACGCCAGUGGAAUAAUCGGAGAGCGUUUAUGCAUUCGCUUGUACCUCACGGUUGGGAUGCUGGCCAGUGGUUUAUUCACGGCACUGUUUGGCAUGGGAUACUUCUGGAACAUUCACAACUUGCAGUAUUACAUCUUUAUUCAGAUUGUGAAUGGUUUAGUGCAGACAACGGGCUGGCCCAGUGUCGUGACCUGCAUUGGGAACUGGUAUGGAAAGGGAAGGCGAGGCUUGAUUAUGGGGGUCUGGAAUUCUCAUACCUCUGUGGGAAACAUCCUGGGCUCCCUGAUAGCUGGCAACUGGGUGUCCAGCAGCUGGGGAUUGUCCUUUGUGGUGCCGGGUGUCAUUGUCGCCAUUAUGGGAGUGGUCUGCUUCCUCUUCCUAAUCGAACAUCCACGUGAUGUGAAGUGUGCUGUGGCCCGAGCCCGUAAGCCGUCUAAGUCACUGAAUGGGUGGGACACAUUUAAACACAAGUGCAAAGCUUACCAACAACAAAAAAGCAGCUCAUUUAUGGACCCCGAGGAGGAAUGCUUUCUAAAGGAGUGUGAUGAGAAGAUUCCGGCCAAGGCCAAUGGUCUAAUGAACAGUCACGUUGUUGCAGUCAGCGAGAGAAGCACUUCACCUACAGCUAUCAGCUUCCUCGGAGCCUUGCAGAUCCCAGGAGUGGUGGAGUUUUCCUUGUGUCUGCUCUUUGCCAAGCUUGUCAGUUACACAUUCCUCUUCUGGCUCCCGAUGUAUCUUGCCAACAAGGAGCACAUUGAUGCCAAAAAAGCUGGUGAUCUUUCUACGCUCUUCGACGUAGGUGGAAUUGUAGGUGGAAUCCUUGCGGGGCUGAUAUCCGAUUGGACAAGGAAGAGGGCAACCACUUGUGGAGCAAUGCUGCUGCUAGCUGCACCUACACUCUACAUAUUUUCAUCAGUUGGCUACAUGGGUCUGAAAACCAUCAGCGUGAUGCUAAUAGGCUGUGGGGCCUUAGUGAAUGGACCAUAUGCCCUGAUCACGACUGCAGUGUCUGCUGAUUUGGGCACACACAAGAGCUUGGCAGGAAAUUCCAAAGCCUUAUCUACAGUGACUGCAAUUAUUGAUGGGACCGGCUCCAUAGGUGCUGCUUUAGGACCCUUGUUAGCUGGUCUCAUCUCUCCUACGGGCUGGAACAAUGUCUUCUACAUGCUGAUGGUGGCAGACGCGUUUGCCUUACUGUUGCUACUGCGUCUCAUACUGAAGGAGCUGCAUAUUUUCAGACCAAAGACAAAUGAGUUUGAGUUGAAGGAACACUAAUGCCCCACCUCGGUGCACAGCUUUGACUAGCUCUCUGUCAAGCCACACUUUGUACUGUUCUCGAUGAAGCAUAUUUGCACAACGCUGGAGGAGCCAUAGAGGGGACACAACUGGUGUGUGAUCCCGGGCAUUAGACAAUACCCUCCAGCCUCAGAAUCACAUUCCAUUUGAACUUUGUGGUGAACUGUACCUGCCAUCUCGAUCACAUCCUGUUCGAUGUGCUCUGCGUCUGACAUUUACCAGAAUAGGUGCCUUUAUAGUUCAUUAGAGAUUAUCUGUUUAUUUAUGAAAUGAGAGGUACUGUAUUAUUGCAGCUGCAGUUUGUAUGAAUGUACCCCCUUUUUUUGGGGGUCUCCAAUCUCUUGCGCAGUCUGGUCUAGAACUAUUUUGAGCUCUGCACGUGAGUUAUCCACAGAGCGUCAGGACAGGGGCCUGCUAGUCCACAACACGCAAGCACUUUGUAUCCAGGAAUGGAACCGCUUCCAAUCUCAUUGUUCUUUCCAACUCACUAGAGCCAAGUCUUCUGGAAUUAGUUGACAGUCGUUUUCCUCAAAAAAUAUGUUAAUCAAAUGUGAAGGUGAGACAGCAGAUGCUUGAAUCUGGAGCAACAACUAAAGUGCAGGAGGAGCUCAGCAGGUCAGACAGCAUCUGUGGAAGGAAAUGGACAGCUGAUAUUUUGGGAGUACUGGCUCACUGGGCCAGAAGGGCCUGUUACCGGGAUGUAUGUCUAAAUCUAAAACCUGAAAUCUAAACCUGAACAGUCGAAUGAUUUUCCUUCCACAGAUGUGGUCUGACCUGCUGAAUUCCCCCAGUGGCCUGCGUGUUGCUGUUAAGUUACCAAGUUGCCUUUAGGUCUCGUUAUUGUGACAAAUGUUAACGGCCUGAUGUUUUGCAGAUCUCCAAUCAAUUUCAGUGUUUUGAGCGACAUUUUAAGAUUGAAGUCUUGACAGGUGAAAUUGACUGGUAGGUUAGAUCUGUGUCUCUGCUGUAACACUGAAUUUACUCAGCCAUCUUCAGAUGCCAGCCUAUCAAUGUAAGUGAUAUGGCGAGAAUCCUUCCAGAUCCUUUUGGUGUGUGUCUGUCUGCCUUUAGCUGACUGAAUGAAAUAGGAACACAUCAAUUAAGAUCACCAGUCUUGGUCGUGAGAGUUGAUUCUGUCAAAGAAACUUUUUAGGAAAUUAGAACAUAGAAAUUUGCAGCACAUUACAGGCCCUGUGCCAAACGUGUAACCUAGAAGGAACCUGUUGUUCAGUGAGUUUGUAAACUCACCUCGGCCUUCCUUUCUACCCUGGGUAACCUUUCACCCUUUGCUAGGACCAGGCCUGUGUUGGUGGAAGGGUGAUUUUGUCAAAUGUUCUGAGUUAGAAGUUGAUUAUUCUCCAGGGUGGGUGAGGGAAGGUGUGUUAUUCAAUAGAGUUUUGGCAACUACGGAUCAAAGUGCAAAUGAAUCUCAGCGCAGAGUCCAGGGCCGGUGAGGGGCCAAGCUAGUGCUGUAACGGGAGGAGAGAGUCAGUGAAAGCUAGUGCUGUAACGGGAGGAGAGAGUCAGUGAAAGCUGUGCUGUAACGGGAGGAGAGAGUCAGUGAAAGCUGUGCUGUAACGGGAGGAGAGAGUCAGUGAAAGCUCGUGCUGUAACGGGAGGAGAGAGUCAGUGAAAGUUGUGCUGCAACGGGAGGAGAUUGUCAGUGAAAGCUGUGCUGUAACGGGAGGAGAGAGUCAGUGAAAGCUCGUGCUGUAACGGGAGGAGAGAGUCAGUGAAAGUUGUGCUGCAACGGGAGGAGAGAGUCAGUGAAAGCUGUGCUGUAACGGGAGGAGAGAGUCAGUGAAAGCUCGUGCUGUAAUGGGAGGAGAGGGUCAGUGAAAGCUGGUGCUGUAAAGGGAAGAGAGAAGAUGUGCUGUCAUGGGGAGGGGUGAGAGUUGGCCUGGGAGAGGGACAGCUGUGGCAACACACAUUGAGUGUAGAGGUAUUUUGCACCCUGCACUUUGUAACUUUUCUCAAUCCCAAAGAUUUUCUCCCCCCCCCAAAGAUUUUCUCCCCUGUUGAGCAAACGCAGCAUCCUCCACAAAGCAGGAUGUGGUAGGAAAUUAAUUAAAUCCAUAGAUGAGGGUGCUUUGCCCAGUAGACUCUUGCUAAAAUAAAUCUGUGCACGCUCUAUACCAGGUAGUCUGGAGCAACACGGCUUUGUGACUUCCCUUCCAAAGUAACACAGCACCUUGUUGUUGGCAGAGUGUCAGUGUGUCUUGUGUGCUGAAGUCCCUCAGCCAGCUGGUAUCUCUGGUUGUCAGGAUGGAGGUUACCCAAACAGAAUAUGAGGUGUCGCUCCUCCAAACUAUGAGAGGUUUUGUGGCAGUAGAGAAGGUCGUGGACCAACAGCUCAGAGUGGAAAUGGGUGGCUACUGAAAAAUCCCACUGUUGUAGCAGACAGAGUGAAGGCAUUCAGUCACCCCACCUUUGGUGCCCUGUAUACGUUAUUGUCACAUUGGGACUGAUUGUGUGUGUUCUGUUCCACACAGUUCCCAUCCCAAUAUCCAA